AAAAAAAAAGGUGGGGACCUGGGUGCUUUUUGGAAGCUCACAGUAGCGCAUCUCUCUCACUAAAAACCCAACGAUGACGCAGUAACCGAUUCGUCAUGUACCUCCGCACCGCACGCGCGCUGGGCCGCCUCCAGCAGCCCUGCCGGCUCCGCUUCGUCGCGAGCCGCAGCGACGACGACGGCGUCAAGAACACGACGCCCUCGAAGCGGUCCGAAGACUUGGUGCGCUACGCCCUGGCGGGCAAUCUGGCCAUUGCCGGCGCGAAGGGCGCCGUCGCGUUGACGACGGGAUCGGCCGCUAUGCUGGCCGAGACCGUUCACAGCUGCGCCGACGCGGGCAACCAGGCGUUGUUGUUGAUCGGGCUCCACGCGGCGGCCUUGGCGCCGUCGGCGUCGCACCCCUAUGGCUACGGGAAGAGCGUCUACCUGUGGUCGCUGGUCUCGGCGCUCGGCACGUUCUGGUUGGGGGCCGGCGUGGCGCUCCACGCGUCGGUGACGGAGUUGAUGGGCCCGUCCAUGGACUUGGAGGCGUUGACGCGGCCGGAGGCGUGGGGCGUGCUCGCGGUGUCCUUAGCUAUUGAUGGGACGGUCCUGCGCAAGUCCGUCCAGCACGUGCUGGAAGACAAGCCCGGCAACGUGUCCUUUUUGGCGCAUUUGAAGCGCGUCCGGGACCCGACGCUGCUCGCUGUUUUAUGUGAGGACGCGGCGGCGUGCGCGGGCGUCGUCGUCGUCGCCGGCGGCAUGGGCGCGUCGUUAUUGUACGCGACGCCGGUGUACGACUGCGUGGCGGGCAUCGCGGUUGGCGGGUUGCUGGGCGGCGUCGGCGGCGUCCUGGCCAUGCUGAAUGGGAGAUAUUUGAUCGGCGCCGCCGUCGAGCAGAAUGUGUUAGAUGACGUCGAACAAUUGUUGCGAAGAAGACCGAGUGUGGAUGAUGUCCACGCGGUGCGGUCGCAGCGGCUGGCGCCCGACGCCUUCGCGUACAAGUGCGAGGUCGACUUUGAUGGGACCUGGGUCGCGGCGCAAUUGUACGACAAGUACGCGCCGCGCUUUAAAUUGCCGUCCAAGAAACGGCGCGAGGCCGAGGCGAUCCAGCAAACCGAGGUACCCACUUUGCUGUCGUACUUUGCGGAAGACGUCGUAAGGGUUAUUGAGAGAGAAGUCCGCGACAUCGAGCGAGCGAUACGAGCGAGGCACCCCGACGCGUUAUUUAUCGAGAUCGAACCGGACGCGCAGCGGCGGACGGGGUCGUCGCGAUUCCGCUUCGCGCUCGACGAGGGCCUCGCCGACGAGUCGAAACGAAGCGCCGAGCAGCGGCUGCUCGAUUCGUACCUGUCGGAGCGGAAGGGCGUGGCCGAGGCGCUACCCGUCAACUUCGCGAUUCGGGACGGCCGCGUCGUGCGCGAGCGGCGGAAAGCAGCUGCUCCCGUAUCUAGCAAAGCGCGGCUCGCGGGCGUCGCCGAGGACGAGUCCUGGAGCUACCGCAAGGACGGACUAACAUAGUG